CGUUACUCGAGGAAGCAGAAGGCUGUUGUAGUGUUGCGUCGUGUCGGAGGACCAGCUGUCCACACCACUGUCUCUAUACAUACCAACACCCGUCUAACUCCGUCUGUCACCCGUCUAACUCCGUCUAAUACCCGUCUAACUUCGUCUAUCACCCGUCUAACUUCGUCUAACACCCGUCUAACUUCGUCUAACACCCGUCUAACUUCGUCUAACACCCGUCUAACUUCGUUCAGUAUCCAGCGGUGUGUUGCUGUUGUGUGACAAUGUCAACUUUGUCCGUGUUUUACUGACUUUGUCUUCGCCAUUGUACACUUGACCUUUGUGAGUUUGGCGUCCUUGUAACCCACCCAGAUAUCGGAGGAGAAAACUGACGUGGAUAGUGCGGGCAGACCUCGACCGACCACCUCAACCAUGAGUAAUCAGAACCACGACAGCAACCCUCCUCAACACAGUCCCCCAAAUAUCCAGGUUAAACCAACCACGGAAGGACACACAGAGACGGUUAACACUGCAGGAAUUGUUUAUGGUGGAGUUGGCAACACAUAUAACACGCAAGGCGACAAGGAAUGUGUGGAAAAUAAGAUCUGGGAGUUGCGCAGUGAGCUGACCGCAAUGGAGAAUGAAAAAAAAAGGAGAAAAGACAAGGUUCAAAAGUUGGAGUUGGAGAUUGGGACACUGAAAGUCGAAGUGGAAAAAUUCCAACAACAAACAUACAGUGAACGCGAGGACGCACAAAGCAUCAAGAAGAAGAAAGAUGAACUUAAGAAAGAGGUCCAACACCACAACGACGAAAUAACAAGGUUGGAGAACGGUAUACAAGGACUAAAGGAAAAGAUUCAAAAGGCUGAAAUAAAACUUGGAGUGCUCAAAUUAUCUGUGGAAGAUACAACGAAUGCACUUCCGGCCCUGGAAAAGAAGGUGCGGGACCUGAUGCAGGAUCUGGAACAAUAUGUCAAUGCUGUAAAAGCUGAAGGGGAGAGCAUUGCAGAGCUGUACAGAUUGAUGGAGAAAAUUGAAGCCGAGCAAGCAAAACAACUUGAAGAUGAACAGAGAGCAAAGGAAGAAUUACAAAGAAAGGUGCAGAAUAUUGAAGCCGAGCAAGCAAAACAAAAACUCCAAUUUGAAGAUGACCGGAAAGAAAGAGAAGAACUAAAAAGACAGAUGCAAAUCCUACUCAAGGUGAUCGAGGAAAAGGACAAGGUGCUCGAGGAAAAGGACAAGGAUAUGAGACAACUCAAAGAUGCAGGGGCAGCAGCGGAGGGGAAGGUACAGGAACCUCAGGAUGCCGUGCAAGAGAAAACCACCCAGGACAAACACGGAAGGGAAGAAGGAAAGAAAGAGGCUGGUGACUUAAAGACAGGGCCGACCUAUCAACAAACCGGGGAUGAAGCUGAUCAACAUGGAGCCUCGAGUGACGUGGAGGAGAGGGGGGUCACCGCCACAGCGAGAGAAACUGAUGGAAGUGUUCCACGUCAAGGAGUGACACAGAAAGACUCCGACCCCCACCAUGUUGACGACCUUCUUGUUGCCUGCUAUCAUGGGAACAUGGCCGAGGUGAAGCGUGUCCUGGAUCUGGGACAGGUAGACAUCAACUGUAGAGGAUGGUGGAGCUGGACACCUGUGAUGUGGGCAGCAUGGCGGGGACAGAGAGAGGUGGUGGAGCUGCUACUGAGUAGAGGAGCUGAUGUGUCACUGGUGGACGAUCUCGGUAACCACAUCCUUCACUUGGCCUGUGUGGAAGGCGACGUGGGGACGGUGGAGUUGAUACUGUCCCUGGACGGGGUGGACGUCAACUGUAGAGGAGGACGGUGGAGCCGGACACCUGUGAUGUGGGCAGCAGAGGAGGGACACAGAGAGGUGGUGGAGCUGCUACUGAGUAGAGGAGCUGAUGUGUCACUGGUGGACGAUCUCGGUAACAACAUCCUUCACUGGGCCUGUAUGGGUGACGACGUGGGGACGGUGAGGUUGAUACUGUCCCUGGACGUGGUGGACGUCAACGCCAGGAACAACGGCGGGCAGACAGCGGCCGACAUGGCGAGAGACUGGGGACGUCAUCAACUGGUGGAUCUCCUCGUGUCACGUGCUGCUCGGUGAAGUCGUGUGAUUUGGUGCAGACAGUGAUGAUGCUGUUACUGACACUGACGUGGUGUGUGCCGUUCACGUCGUCGUAUUUACAUUGUGGGACCAAGGUUAGAAUUAUUGUUGUGUUUGAGGAGAAAUAAAACUUGUUGAAAACA